AUGACACAAGACUCAAACCCAACCGCGGCGAGCUUGCUAGGCUCGACCUCAACCAAUUUCCCUCGAUCUCAUGAAAAAAUAUCCGACCCAAAGGACACGCCAUACUUUAUCGACAACGAAUUCCGACUGUCUCAAUCAAUGAAUUUCAUCCCUGUCCAUGAUCCUGCGACAAAUAACCUGGUUACUAGAGUACCGAUGAUGACCGGUGACGAAUUACAGCUCGCACAGAUCAUGUUUCGUUAUGUCAGCUUGAUCAAAGAGAACUGGGAUAGACUCGCUGCUUCCAUUACCCUGGAGCAGGGCAAAACAUUUGCAGAUGCGCGAGGCGAUGUGCUACGCGGGCUGCAAGUUGCAGAAGCCGCAUGCGCCGGCCCAGAGUAUAUGAAGGGAGAGAUUCUGGAGGUCGCCAAGGACAUGGAGACCAGGACUUACAGGGAGCCUCUUGGCGUUGUCGCCGCAAUCUGCCCAUUUAAUUUCCCUGCAAUGAUACCUCUUUGGUGCAUACCGAUUGCUACCAUUACUGGAAAUACAAUGGUGCUGAAGCCUUCUGAGAGAGAUCCUGGUGCUGCGAUGAUUCUUGCUGAAUUGGCCGAAAAGGCCGGGUUUCCAAAGGGCGUUAUCAACGUGGUACACGGCGCACAUGAUACAGUUAAUUUUCUCAUCGAUUCUCCCGUUAUCAAAGCCAUUAGUUUUGUUGGAAGCAACAAAGCUGGAGAAUAUAUCUUCACACGUGGCUCCGCAAAUGGGAAGAGGGUGCAGGCAAACUUGGGCGCAAAGAAUCACGCAUUGAUCAUGCCUGACAGUGAUAAAGAAGCGACCCUGGAUGCUAUUGUCAGUGCUGCCUUUGGAGCCGCAGGACAGCGUUGUAUGGCACUGUCCGUAUCAGUAUUCGUUGGGGAAAGCCGACAAUGGCUUGAUGAACUUGUCCAGAGAGCGAAGACUCUGCGAGUUGAUGCGGGUUUUGAGCAUGGUGCUGAUCUUGGUCCUGUUGUUACACCUGAGAGCAAAGCGAGGAUUGAAUCACUAAUUGAGAGUGCGCAAGUCGAAGGUGCUCAAAUCCUUCUUGACGGUCGUGGUUAUAAGCCAGAGAAGUAUCCGAAUGGCAACUGGGUUGCUCCAACGAUAAUCACCGACGUCAGGCAAUCUAUGCAAUGCUAUAAAGAAGAGAUAUUUGGCCCGGUACUAGUGUGUGUUAAUGUUGACACUCUUGAGGCAGGUAUUAAUCUUAUCAAUGGGAACGACUACGGGAAUGGUGCUGCUAUUUUCACUUCCUCAGGCGCAGUUGCAGAGAAAUUCCGGCGGAACAUUGAAGCAGGCCAGCUGGGAAAUAAGAAGAGCGUGGCUGGAGGGGGGGCCAGUACUUUUUACGGAAAACCAGGAGUGAACUUUUACACUCAGCUCAAAACUGUCACAUCCAAGUGGUCAAGUGCAAGUAUUGUACCAACCAAGGCGGUGCUAUCGAUGCCGACUGGAUCAUAG